GCCCUUAAAAAGACACUGCACUUUAAUUUCCUCAACACUUAAGUUCCACUUCUCCCCCACAAACAAUCAUCAAUCAAGAAAUGAGAGGUUUCACCCACACCACACCUCUCAUCACUGCACUCAUCACAUACUCCCUCACACUUGUAAUCAUCAAGGCUGCUCAAUCCACUCAUGAUCACCACCCCCUCCCACCAUUCUCCUGUGCCUCCACAAAUCCAUCAACCAGCUCAUACCCAUUCUGCGACGUCCACCUGUCGGUCCACGACCGGGCCCGCGACCUCGUCUCGCGUCUAACGUUGGACGAGAAAAUAUCUCAGCUCAUCAACAAGGCGUCCGCCAUCCCACGGCUUGGCAUCCCCUACUACCAGUGGUGGUCGGAGGCUCUGCAUGGGGUGGCCGUCGCCAUCGGCGUUGAGAACGGCGUGUCGUUCAAUGGGACGAUCCGGGCUGCCACUAGUUUCCCUCAAGUUAUACUCACUGCUGCUGCCUUCGACGCCGAUCUUUGGUACCAAAUAGCAAAGGUGAUCGGGACAGAGGCUAGAGCAAUAUACAAUGAAGGUGAGGCAAUAGGCAUGACAUUCUGGUCACCAAACAUCAACAUUUUCAGGGAUCCCAGGUGGGGGAGGGGCCAAGAAACCCCCGGAGAAGACCCGUUGCUUACCGGGAAAUACGCAGUUUCGUUUGUCCGAGGGAUUCAAGGCGACAGCUUUGAAGGCGGCAGCCUUAAAGACGGCCGCCUUCAAGUCUCCGCUUGCUGCAAGCAUUUCACUGCCUAUGAUCUGGACAAUUGGAAAGGAGUUGAUCGUUUUACGUUCGACGCUCAUGUCACGAAGCAGGACAUGGCGGAUACGUUUCAGCCGCCAUUCAAAAGCUGUGUGGAGGAAGGGCGAGCAAGCGGGAUAAUGUGCGCUUAUAACCUCGUCAAUGGAGUGCCUAACUGCGCUGAUUAUAAUCUGUUAACGAAAACGGCUCGUGGAGAGUGGGGAUUCCAGGGGUACAUAACGUCGGAUUGUGAUGCUGUCUCGCUCAUUUACGAGAAGCAAAAGUAUGCAAAAUCGCACGAAGAUGCAGUUGCGGAUGUGCUCAAAGCUGGCAUGGAUGUAAACUGCGGCUUGUAUUUGGCAAAUCACACGAAAUCGGCUGUCGAACAGGGGAAGGUGUCGGAAUCUGAUAUAGACAGAGCCCUUUACAACCUGUUUUCUGUUAGGAUGAGGCUAGGCCUAUUCAAUGGCAGUCCAAGCGAACAGUCUUACGGCAACCUUGGACGUAAUGACAUUUGCACUCCCGAGCACCAGGACUUGGCUCUGGAAGCUGCCCGCGGUGGCAUUGUCCUUCUGAAGAACUCUGCAAAACUCCUUCCUCUUUCCAAGUCGAAAACGAAGUCGCUUGCAGUAAUAGGUCCCAAUGCUAACGUAGCCAAAACGCUUCUUGGCAACUAUGCCGGUCCCCCUUGCAAAACCAUUACUCCACUAGAAGGCCUAAUGAGCUAUGUCAAGAAAACCAAGUUCCAUCCCGGCUGUGAAGACGUGAACUGCACGUCGGCUGCAACAAGCCAGGCUGUCAAGCUUGCAAAGUCAGCAGAUUACGUCAUUCUUGUAAUGGGACUCAAUCAAGAACGGGAGAGCGAAGAGCUUGAUCGUGAGGACUUGGUUCUCCCGGGGCAGCAACAAAGUCUGAUCACGAGCAUCGCCAAGGCUGCUAAAAAGCCGGUUGUAUUGGUAAUGCUUUGUGGAGGGCCUGUCGAUAUUUCGUUCGCGAAAAACGAUCCCAAGAUUGGAGGCAUCUUGUGGGCUGGAUAUCCAGGUGAAGCAGGGGGCAAAGCAAUAGCAGAGAUCAUAUUUGGCGACCACAAUCCAGGAGGAAGACUGCCGCUUACUUGGUACCCAAAAGACUUCAUCAACAUACCGAUGACCGACAUGAGAAUGAGGUCUGAUCCUUCGUCGGGCUAUCCAGGGCGAACCUACCGAUUUUACCAAGGCGAGAAAGUCUUUGAGUUUGGCUACGGUCUUAGCUACACAAACUACUCUUACAAGUUUGUUUCCGUGAGCCAAAGCAAGCUCGACUUCAAGACAUUAUCGACCACCGACAGGCCUGAACACUCGGGCUACAUUUCAGUUGCAGAUAUCGGUUCAGAAUCAUGUGAGAAGGCAAAGGUUUCUGCCGUUGUUAAAGUCGAGAAUGAAGGGAAGAUGGCAGGCAAGCAUCCGGUGCUGCUAUUCCUGAGACGUGAUCAUAAGGGUGGCAAUGCAAGUCCAGUGAAACAGUUGGUGGGAUUUCAAAAGGUGAGCUUGAAUGCAAAACAGAAGGGCAGUGUUGAGUUUGAAGUGAGUCCAUGUGAGCACUUCAGUAGAGCAAGUAAGGAUGGAACUCUGGUUAUUGAAUCAGGGGAUCAGUACUUGGUUGUGGGAGAUCAAGAGUAUCCUAUAAGCAUCAAUGUUUGACAAAAGAUGGUCAAUUCUUCUCAUGUUGUUUUUGAAUGGAAGGAUUUGAAAUUAAGUAGUUCAAAUCCCUAAUAAUAAUCAUUUGAGUUGGUUCUGAAUCAUACUAAGAAAAAUUUCAAAUC